UUGAGAGUUUGUUGUGUUAAGAAGCAGAAUUUUCGACAUUUUUUGUUCAUUCAGCAAUUUGCGGUCAGUUUUGGGUUUUUUCCAGCAAAAUACUCGGAAUUAUUUUGUAUUACACAACUUAGAAAUAGUUUUUUUUAAAUUAAGCACAUUUGAAUUCCUCACAAUUCAGGGAAGAUGUCGAUCGAAGUCAAGCCGUCUUCAGAGCGGAGAUGCACAAACAUUCCAGCAUUAAUCUUUGCAAUUGUAUUCAUAUCCUUUACUGUAAUUUUGGUGUCAUACUGCGGAGUGGUUGCAUAUAAAUCUGGCCGUUUUGGACUCAUUGGUUUUGAUGACCUUCAGGACAGUUGCGGAAACAUUUGUGGUCAAGACAAUAACAACAAAGACUCAAGAUGCGGAGACUCGGACAAGACAAAAUUUCCAAAACUCCUUAUCGGAAGUACUAAUAAUUUAGUUGUUGAUGAUUAUGAUGAAGGUUACCAAAGUCUUCAAAAAAAGAUGAGCUCAAAGCUGAAUGAAUGCGUUAAGGAAUGUCCAGCAGGAUAUCUUGAUAUUGAUAAUUUAUGCGUUAAGGAUGGUUUGACGCAAUUGUUUGCUACUCUUAAAGCUACCUGGUUCUAUAUUGUAAUCAUCAGCUUCAUUGCCUUCAUCUUCUCCUACGUCUUCUUGAUUCUCUUUAGACAUGCUGCCAUAUACGUCAUUUGGGUCAUCAAUAUUGCAUUUGUUGCUCUGCUGAUUGGAUUGACUUUCAUUUGUGUUAUUUAUGAGGCAAUUCCUGCUGCAAUUACUUUUUGGGUUCUUGGGGCGGUUAUGGCCAUCUUUUUCUGUUGUUUCCACGAGAGAAUUGCUCUGGUUGCCAAGCUGUUUAAGGAAGCAUCUAAGGCAUUGAUUGAUAUACCGGCUGUCAUGUUUGAACCUAUUUUGACAUUCAUCUCAUUGCUCAUCUCCUUCCUGAUCUUUGCAUCAUUUGCUCAAAUAAUAUCAUACGCUGGUGACGAAGAACCAUUAACAGCACCAGCCCAUAUCUGUAACUUGAUCUUCUUCAUCUUUAUCAUUCAAUUCAUCAUCGGAUGUCAAAACUUCAUCAUUGCCGGAACCAUUGUCAGGUGGUACUUCACCAGAGACAAGACCAAGCUCCACAAACCAAUCAAAAAGUCAUUUUCACAUUUAUUCAAGUUCCAUCUUGGAAGUGUCUGUCUUGGUGCUAUUUUAAUCACAAUUGUCAAGAUUAUCAAGGCUAUCAUCCUGUAUCUUAAGAACUCAGCAAGAAACUCAAGAAAUCCAAUUCUUUACCUAAUUGCAUCAUGCUGCAUGUGCUUGUUUGACAUGCUUGAGCAAUUUUUAUCAUUCCUGGUCCGCAACGCUUAUGUCGUAAUUGCAAAAGACGGAACUGAAUUCUGUGACUCUGGUAAACGUGCUUAUAAGCUGAUUAUGGAAAAUGUCACGGAUGUCAUUGCUUUGAAUCAUUUCGGUGAUCUUGUGUUGAUGAUUUGUAGAUUUUUGGUUGUGCUGAUCGCUGGAUUAGUUGGAUAUACUCUGCUAAGUUCUAGAUAUAGUGAGACAGGAUAUGAAGACCAUAUCAUCGUACCAAUGAUUGUUGGAUGCAUCUUUGCCUUUUUCAUCGCUCAUGGCUUCAUCAUGGUCUUUGAGAUGACAAUCGACACAAUUUUCAUCUCAUUUUGCAUUGAUCUUGAGGAAAAUGAUGGACAGACUAAGCCUUACUACAUGUCUGAGAGUUUAAAGAACAUCAUUACAGAAAUGAAGGAAAAAUCAGGUGGAACUUUAGUUCUUGGACCUAAAGGUGAUCCUGGAUUUGAGAAUAGACUGUACGAAGCUAACGCAGUUCCAAUGACGUCACCACCACCAUAUUCUCAAAUGAAUAAUAGUCAACCUCAGUAUCCACAUUCUCAACAGCCUAUGAUGCAGCCAUAUGUUUAUCCAUCUGCUCCGUAUCCGGUUUAAAGGAACUUCAUAUGUAUUUUGA